UUAGAAGAUAUGAUAAAAAGAUUACCGUAUUAAAGUUCCGAUUUAAAUCAAAGAAAUGAAGCGACAACUAGGCCGCCAAUUAGUUGAUGAGCUAAAGCAAAAACAAGCUAUUACAUUUAGUUUGAUAAAUAAAAUUUUGUAUUCCAAACGAUUGUUAGUGGAUCACGUGCAAGCAUUGGAAGAAUUUAUGCGCAAUAAUGAACAAAAGCAAAAUAAUGCAGCUGAUGAAAUUGAUGGUGCCCUUAAUCAAAAGCUAAUAUGGUCCGAAAUAUUUACGGCGCGUAAUACGUGUAUUGCGCUAGGCUCAACAAUUUUGGAACAUUUUAUAACACCACGUUUUCUGCGUUUUACGCUUGUCCCGUCGGUAUUGAUUACGAGCGGCUUUAGUGCUUUGUACACUAUUAAAUAUUUGUUUGGUGUACGCAACAAAAUUGUAGAGACUGAGCUAGAGAAUCUUGUACGCACUAUUGAUGACUUUGGAAAUUGUAUACGACGCAACAUGACGUAUUUUAAUGAAAUUAUUGUCAUGAAACAACAAGAGCUCAUUGAGUCACGACAAAUUGAGAGAGCUUGGGAUUGCAUAACAGCUGCCAAGGAAGUAACAGAGAUAUUAUUUGAGGCUACAAGGAAACUUGAAUCACAAUAUCCUCUGCCUUCUCGUUUCUCGCAGUAUUAUGCACCUUUAGAAGACCUUAAGAAUUGUGAAUUUUUCGAAAACAAUGUGACUGAUUAUAGUCCUAGACAUAUUAAGGAUUUUCAUAAUAUCUUUGCGUAUGUCCAAUCGCAAUUUUUGUUACGCUUGGCUUUAACUCUUUACACAAAACCUUCGUUAAGCCAAUUAAACCGGGAAUUAGUCAAAAUCGAGAAUUUAAUACGACAACUGGCAUUGGAGGAAGAAAACCAUUUUAAAAAUCUUACCAUCGAACUGAACAAAGCAAAAUGUUUAGAAUUGCAAUCUUUGAAUGAAGAUAAAACCGUAAAAACACGCAAUGAUCCUAUCGGUAUAUUACAAGACUCCUCACUUAAACUUAGUGCUCGUAUGGUAGCUGUCGCAGCCGAAUGCCAGGCUUUGGAUAUAACUUUACAGCGACUUAACCAAAUUGAAACGGAGAGUAAAGACAGCGCUAAAUCUUUAGUGCAAGUGGCCAACAAUAUGCAUAGUAUUGAAAGCGCUUUAUCGAUUUGUUUUGAUGAUUUCCAGCGCUUAAUAUUGGUCUACAACAGAUUUCUAACUAACAAGUUAGAAUUAAAUGACGGGAAAAGAAAGCAAGACGAAGCCCCACAAACUUCAAGCGAAGAAUUUCCUGAUAGUUUUUUGCGUGUUGAAAUUUCGGAAUACCCUUCAGACACCGAAAAGAAAGAUGAUUUCUAUGCUUAUAUUUUUGAUGCAGAACGAAAUGAGAAUGAAGGUAAGAAGGAGCGCGAGGAACGUGAAAAGCUCUCUCAUGAUUUGGAAAUUUUAAACUUUGAAAAACGUGUAACCAGAGGUAAAUUUAGGCCCGUUCUAAAACAAUUAAAAGAACGCAUUAAUCCUAUACGCCAAGUAAUGCUUGAAAAAGAGCGCGAAGUUUUGGCCGCAAAAGGUAUUAAGAUUAGCGAACUGUUUCCCAAUGAGCUGACUAAGGACAAACAAAUAUCUGAAGAAAGCGGUAAUACCACAGGGGAUGAAGACUUUGCCAGUGAUAGUGAAGGCUUGGCGGAUUUGGAAUAUAAGAAACGAUCCCGUAAAGUUAAAGAACACGACAAUUUUGAAGAAUCGCGCAAUUUCUUAGCCCAAAAGCCAAAUCUUAAUUUAUUUAAACUGGACAUACCACCUCCAUCAAAUAUUCUCGGUGACGAAAGUAUACUGGAAAGUGAAUGUUGAACAUUCAUGUUAAACCAUAUGAAUGUGGUUUAUAAUUUUUCAUGGCUUUCAGCCCACUCUCACACGCUGCAACAUCAUUUUUGUUCCUUAUGCUUAUACUACAACGUUAUUUAUUUUUUUCACGUUUCUUUUUUGAAUGCUUUUAUUUAAUUAAGAAAAAAGUUUCCGUAUUAAUAUAUGUGCCUUCUAUCCGAAAGUCCAAAUAUACAAUUUUUUUACUUCCGUCUCUUUAAUGCUAGUCGAUCAUAUCAGCAAGCAAUGAUUUGUAAAACAUUUAUUUAAAAAACUAGUUCUCAUUACAUAAAAAUAUACAUCUAUAUAAAUU